AUGGGAAAGCGACGCGUCAAAACACCAUGGUCCUCGCACCGACGAACACGCCCGAAGCUUUCUUAUGCGGAGAAGAAAGCAAUUCGUGAGAAGUCUCGGCUCUACAAGAGCGCGCUCAGCGACCGGCUUGACACUAUCCGCGAUGAGGUUUGGGACCACGCCGUCGCGCUCCACGAGGAGCUGGGUAAGCACAGCGCGGCAUGGUACUACCGACUCAUUCUUCAUCAGAGCAACUCCCGUUUCAAGGAGCCGCGAGCGCUGUCGCUUUGGAAUGCGUUCGUCAGCAAGGAGCUUCGCCGGCACAACAAAGAAAUGAACACGAACGACGUUGUGUCGUCUGAGUUCAUCAAGAACCUCGCCGAACGCUGGCACACGAUGUCGGAGCAAGACCGGGAAGACAUGUGCCGCGAUACGGUCGAAGAAUUGACUGAGCGGCGUGAGGAGCGUGGGCGCGCUGUCCCCAACCUCCCCAUCGCAAACUUCAAUGAUGCGCGCGCAACCUUGAUAAGGGUCGUCCAAGAGCUCGAUGAUCUCCACGAGCGCACUGGCGCGGAGGUUCUGCUCAUCGCGUGCCGUGGCGAGCGAGCCAACUACCUCAAGCCCUGGGUCUACCGGACCAGCGCGCGCAUCGAGGAGUUUAUUGAGCUGCUCACUGGCGCGACGUUGGGCACUCUGUCCUCGCGCAUUGAAGCAUGGUGCCUCACGGGACUUAAUGGGUUGACGAAGAAGCACAAGAAUACCGUCCUGGAGCUCAAGUCCAAGGUCGGUGCUCUAAUCCUGGAGAAGCUUCAGUCGACGUCGACCCGGGGGAAACCCUCUGCAAUGUCGUACAGUGACUUCCCCAAAAGAAUUACCUACAAGCUUGGCGUCGUCCUCGAGAACUGGCCGCUGGAGUCAUUCCAGGCCCCCGGCCGUUUCAACUCCCUCAAAUUCCUCAACACGCUUCGCUCAGCCUGGGAGAACGACAUCGCACGCUUCCGGUCACUCACCAAAGAGGAGCUCGCGGCCUGG